UAAGGAAAGAGAGAUUUUAUAGAUGGACGGUUAUGCUGACCGUUGAGUGAUAUAUGAUGCAAAAGCUUACCAAAAUCCCUGCCAUUCAACCUCUCUAUGUGAGUAAAUUACAAUACCAACUCCACCGGCAAACCCAAUUAUGCAAUGUGCACUGAAAUUCGCAUGUUCGGCCGCGCCACCGUCGUCCGCUUCAAUUGCGCCACUGCUCUUCCCCAAUACCCACAACAAGAAGAAGAAGCUUAGAAAUGGAUGUUCAAUCAGAGCUGAACUCAGCGAUGACAAUGACCCAUUACUCCAAGCAGCAAUCAAUUCAGCUUCUCUUCGUUUUCACGAGACCCAUCGACAAGACCCUCUUUUUAUUGAUCCUUAUGCUGGGUGCUUCGUUUCAACGCAUACUCAAAUGGAUAUGGAAACCAAGGCGAAACAAUAUUGCAUUGCAACCAAGUUCAUUGAUGAUAAGCUGCUUAGUACUGUAAACCACAUGGAUGGGCUUAAACAGGUUGUGCUUUUAUCAGAUGGAAUGGAUACUCGGCCAUAUAGGCUUAAUUGGCCAAGCUCUACCAUUAUGUUUGAUAUAUCCCCUCUAAGGGUAUUCCAGAAGGCGGCUGAGAAGCUUGAUGGUGUCGGGGCUAAGAUCCCACAGCGAUGUUUGUUUCUUCAUGUUCCAUUGGAAACCCCUAACAUUCAAGAAACUUUGGUUACAAAAGGCUUUAAUGGUACUCGUCCGAGUGUAUGGGCUAUACAGGGACUACCUUUGAUGACUUUGGUAAGUUUCGAAGAGAUCUUACUCACGGUAAGUGGAAUGGCCAUGAAGGGUUGCCUUUUCUUCGGUGAGUUGCCUGCAUGGUUGGCAGAGACUGGAAUCGGUAACAAGUCUAGUACAAAGAAAUGGAUUAACAAUAUUUUUAUGAGCUACGGUUUCAAGGUGGACAUGAUUAGCUACGACGAAGUAGCUAAAAGAUUAAGUAAGGUGGUAAAACCGGGAGACUAUGAGAAGAUACUAUUUGUUGCGGAACAAUUGCGGUGUUCGGAUGAUCAGAUGGAAACUUGGAGGAAAGAGUUGCAAAGGGUGGACGAAGAUGGAGACGAGGAAGGGUUUGAGGACCUUUAAAUGGACAAAGAGUUGCUUUCUUUUUUUGGGUGUGGCCUGUAAUGGAAUUAUCCUUUCUGUUUCUGUAAUUUCUUGCCAAUUUUCCUGGUUACACGUACCUAAAAGGCUUGAGAAAGAGUUUCCUUUGUUUUUAAA